AUGUCUGCUAUUUUGUACAACACGAGCUCUUCCCUAGUACCAAAAUUUCAGCGGCAUGAUCUUCUGAAGCACUCGAAAGAAUCAUCUAAUGUUCAACCAAUUUCUAGAUCGUCGACAUUACUAUCACCUCGCGAUAGAGAUUACCAUUUGCAACAAGCUGGUGAAUAUAGUUCCAACGUACCAUUUCAUAGUAAUGCUAUAAAAAAUAGUACCGUGUAUCUCAAAGAACUAUGCUGUUCCAUUUAUCCCGAUAAGAUGAACAAUGAAAUUUGGAAGAUAGAUAACAGUGCGGAUCUAGCAUGCCAUGCCCUUUUCGCCUUAGUUUUGAAAAAUUUUAUCAGUUCAUGGUAUGGAACGAAGAUCCCAACUUCAGAUGAACAGUUUCUAUCUCAAUUAUUUCUUACACUUCAAGAUGCAUUACUUCGCAUUAAAACAUGGAAAAUAGACUACGAAUCUCUUAUCGCUGACGACAUACCCAUAUUAUUAUCCAAUCACAUUAGAUCAAUGAGGAAAGCUAUGAUGAAUGAGAAUGUUCUUGACCGCUAUUGCGAGUUGAUUAACUAUCCAAAGGACUACUAUCCAAUGGCUAUAACGCAUGUGAUAAAGAGAGAAUUGGAAAAUGGAUCUCUCUUGCAAGCUUCAUUCCUGGAUUCCUUUUUCGAUAUCCUUUUGUUUGAAAAGCUCACGGACAAGAUUAUUGAACCUUACUAUAUAAUAAAGGCAAUCUCUACUAUAUCUCGGGGUAUAUUGAGCCGACAUUUUGCUGCAAAGAAACGGCAGAAUAAAUGGUCAAUUUCUGCAAUUCCUCGAUUUUACAGGGUCUUGAAGAAGUUCGUUCAGAAUUUAUUGCAUUUGGGUCGCGGUGAUGGUUUCAGAGUCAAAAACUCUCUACCGCUCACCUACAGGUAUAUAUUUACAUUCAUUUCCAAUGACAUCUUAAAACUACCCGCUAGGCGACCUUAUCUUUGCACAGUUGGCAAGACAUUACAGUUAUGGGGUUCAAAAUCCAAGACACUAGACGGUGUUUUUCAUCGUUUAUUUUCUGGAGCUCUCGAGGAUUUUUUAAUUAACCAACAUAGAAUGGAGAAGCUGUUCUUAUCCCUCAGACAAAUGCUUUUCCCUAAUGAUAACCGCCUUGGUCCAGCCACGAUAAUACUCACUGGAGAAGCUUUUGAAAAGCUAAAAGUGGAAUGCUCAGAUAGUUUAUGGGCUGUUAUAAAACUAUAUAGAAUCGACCUGUGGCUGGGGUUGAAAAAAUGUGACACUAAAGAGUGGGUAGAUGUGCUAUGCAAAGAUAAAAGAUGUAACAAGGUAUUGAUAUUCAAAAUGCUGGAUUGCACUUUAGCACACCUUCUCACUCUUGAUAGCACAGAUUAA